CCUCAAGAGAGCCCACGAUGGCCCCAAGAUGCACCCUACACGGCUCCGUAGCCAUUUUGGCUCAACCCCUCGAACAGGCGGGUUCGAGUGCCCCAUCGUGUUAGACGACCCUUCGGGCGCGAUCCGGCUUGUCUGACACUGAAAACGGUGCAUAACCUAGUGGUGAGCCGGUGGUAUGUCUUACUCGCCCUUGCUUGAGGUGGCGCAGCAAGAGUAUUUCUUCACUGUCGUCGUUCGCACGUGUAUCUCCUUGAGCCUAUGCUGCUUCGUUGCAGAUGUCUUGCUUGAUUGGGGCGGUUUUGUAGCAUCGCUUCACGCAUGCAAAGUAGCAGUCAAAUCGAUGUUCUCGCCUUGUCAAUUCACGUCCUUCGAGAGAAGAAGAUCAAGUGACUUCAAUAAGACCAGGCUGGCGCGAAUGGUGUAUGCGUUGGACCUGGCGCUGGUACCUUUUUCGGCUCUAUUUCUGAUGCUGGUGAUUUGCAUGUAUACAGUAAGUCCUUCCAACAUUGGUCUUGUCUUCAGGGCGGUGUUCAUGUGCGGGCGUCACUUUGCAACGUUUUACUGGGGGUACUUGAAACGUCGGUACAGUUCCUACCCCGUCGGCGGAGAGUGCAUAUUCAAAGUGGUCAUGCUGGGCAUUGCAUGUCGUGGGUACUUUGCAGACACGCAUAGUUUUCUCAUGUACGGCCAGUUGUGGAGCGCGCUACGAGUGAUUAUUGCAUUAUUUGCAUUUGAUUGCAGUAUGUCCGUGAGAUGGAACAUCUACUUCUUUGCAGUGAUGUGCCUCUCUGUCUGGGAUCGGCGCGGGCAGCUACGCAUCGAUGGACAAUCUUCCAUGGCUGCGUUUUUUCACCACUUCAUGAUUGAAGUGGUUACUUGUGUACUUGUCUGCGCUGCCUCAGUACUUCUGGAAGUUUGCGACAAGGACAUCCUCAAGGCUUCCCGAGAGUCUAGCUUGCAUCUGGCAUGUCAAAGGUUGCUCGCUGUGUUCUGCGACGCCCAGCUGCACAUCUGCCCACGAUGUGGCAUCAUCUCCCAUUCUCCACAUCUUGUGAAUUUGCUGGGCGCAGAAGAUGGGACAAGAGACAUGAGAAGCACUGACAGGAGAAGCACUCUUCAUGGACGCAAUUUCCUUCAGUACGUGGGAGAGUCCGACCAGCAGCGCUUCCAGGACUUCAUCUCGGCGACGGCGGGAUUGCAGUCGGAAGACUCAGCAGCCGAUGAUCCGAUCUUGGGCGAAUGCGCUCGGCGCCCUGCUGCUUCCAUCCAGGUAAAUCUGCGCACGGAGGGGUCGGCGAACCCGAUCCCCGUGGAGCUGUUCCUGAUCUGCCUCGACGACGCCAUCGAUGCCCCCGAGCUCCUGGUCGGGAUCCGGGAGACCUGCGAAGCGCUGCCGCGAGAGGCAUGCACGGAUGCCCCGGGCGUUGUGGCACUGCAGCAGCUGGCGGCCACAGCGCCCGCGCGCGAGCCUGGCCCAGAGGCGGGCGAGCCUGCGGGGGCGCCGCCGGCGCUGGCCCGCGAGCAGCCGCACCGCCACCCGGUGGAGCAAGGGGCGGCGUCGCAGCAACCCGUUCAGCACGUAGGCCUGGGGUUGCGAAGCUCGCUCGCGUCGUCCUCGAGGGCCUCGUCCUCGUCCGGGAGCUGCGCGCCGGACGAGGGUUGCGUCUCGUCCAUCUGCCUGCGGCUGGACUCGGCGAGCAGCGGUCUGCCCGUCGAGGACAUGUGCCUGCGCUUCGGGGACAGAGGCCAGGCACCCCGCUUGGAGGAGUGGCUUCCAAGAGAAGCUCUGGACGUGAUCCACAGGAACGUCCAAGAACUGGUGAAUCAGGAGGAGUAUAGGGAUGGCGAGGAGGUCACGGCGAGCGUCGGCCUUGGGGCUUUGCGGUUUUCCAGAAACGGAGCUACGUUUCUGCGGGCGGAGUGCGCAGAGCUUGCAGUCGAAGGCCCCAUGAUUGACCCACGUGAUUCAGAUGAAGAUUCCGAUGAUUUCAAUACGAUCGUACAGAUGAAGCUGACUGGGGUGUCGAAGUUUCGCAUGCCUUGGCAGAGCGGGCCGCAGAGACUCUCAGGAAUAUUGCCGCCGAUCAACGAGUCACCGACGGAAGCGGCGGGUGAUGGCUGCGCGUCGGCACUCAGACACAGAAACAGUGGCCUGCAGAGGAUUGCAAGGGGGGAGCGUCCGCAGCGAUGUGGGGAACGUGUCCGCGGAUGAAUGGCAGGGUCGGGGGCGCGACCGCUGAGCGAGGCUUGAUGUGAGCCAACUGUGACUCCAAUGCACUGCGCAGGUCUAGCAUCUAACAGUGCAGUCCAGCUUGCAGCUUGCUGCCUGUCACGUUCCGUCGCCUCCCGCAAAGUCUGUGACAGCCCGCGCAUUAUGUUUGAAAGCAGCGGCCUGAACGCGCUCGCCUGCCGCCGAAAUUCGACAGGGGCUACGGUUGUCUGUAGAAUGAUUGCCUUCAGCUUACCCCGCCACCGUGCCUGGGUCGCGGGCCAGAGGCCUCUUCGCAGUUGCGCGCUUGCUCUCUUCGUUUGGGGGGGUCGGGCCCGGGGCGGGUCGAAGCAGAAUUACAAAUUUCCCCCCUCCCAGAGAGCGGUUCCGCCUUUUCCCAUCCUUCGCUGUCCGAGACUGUGCAGCCACUGCCUGUGAAGGCAUUUUGCGUCUCUGCUGGGUGGCACGGCAGCUCUGUGCUGUGACAGUCCUCUGCGUCCCUUUCCUCUCGCAUUGUGUUUUCGCGUGUCCAGACCCCGCGACCAUGGAGUUACGACGGCAUCAUGUCCGUUAUGUGCACAAUUAGCUAUUCUAUUGCGGGGAUUCGUACCCACUCUCUCCCCUUCUAUGUUCUUUUGGUUGGGUGGGACCGCAGCCGCGGGCUGUGACGGCACCCUGCGUCUCCUUCGUCUUGCAGUGUAUUUGGGUUGGGUGGCGCCGCACCUAGAGCACAAAACGGCGCCCAGCAGUCCGAUGGGAUCCUGGAAUAUUGUGACCG